CCAGGGACCCAGAUCCAGCCCCGCCGACACCAGGAGGCCGCGCUCCUCAGGUCCUCAGGACGCCACCGCGGCGGCCGGAGCGGCGCUUCUCGCUCCUCGCAUCCAGGCCACGGUCUGAGGCGGCGCGCAGCAUGGGCAGAUGCUGCUUCUACGCGGUAGGGACGCUGUCCCUGCUGCUUCUGGUGACCAGCGUCACACUGCUCGUGGCCCGGGUCUUCCAGAAGGCCGUGGACCGGACGGUAGAGAAGAACGUGGUGCUACGGAAUGGGACCGAGGUCUUUCAGUCCUGGGAGAAGCCCCCGCUGCCUGUGUACACCCAGUUCUACUUCUUCAACGUCACCAACCCAGACGAGAUCCUCCGAGGGGAGUCCCCUCUGCUAGAAGAAGUGGGGCCCUACACCUAUCGGGAACUCAGAAACAAGGCAAAUAUUCAAUUUGGAGACAAUGGAACAACAAUAUCUGCUGUGAGCAACAAGGCAUAUGUUUUUGAACGAAAUCAAUCUGUCGGAGACCCUAAAGUUGAUUUAAUUAGAACAUUAAAUAUCCCUGCAUUGACCGCCAUGGAGUGGACGCGGAACCCUUUCCUCCGCGACAUCAUCGAGGCUGUGCUCAAGGCCUACAAGCAGACACUUUUCGUCACCCACACCGUGCACGAGCUGCUCUGGGGCUACAAAGAUGAGCUCUUGUCGCUGGUCCACACAUUCAGACCGGACAUCUCCCCCUAUUUCGGCCUGUUCUACGAAAAAAAUGGAACUAAUGAUGGAGAUUAUGUUUUCUUAACUGGAGAAGACAGUUAUCUUAACUUUACAAAGAUUGUGGAGUGGAAUGGAAAGACGUCUCUUGACUGGUGGGCAACAGACAAAUGCAACAUGAUUAACGGAACAGAUGGAGAUUCUUUUCACCCACUGAUAACCAAAGAUGAAGUCCUUUAUGUCUUCCCAUCUGACUUCUGCAGGUCUGUGUAUAUAAGUUUCAGUGGCUAUGGGACUAUAGAGGGGCUGCCCACCUUUCGGUAUAAGGUGCCUGCAGAAAUAUUAGCCAAUACCUCAGAAAAUGCUGGCUUCUGUCUUCCUGAAGGAAACUGCCUGGGCUCCGGAGUGCUGAAUGUCAGCAUCUGCAAGAAUGGUGCGCCCAUUAUUAUGUCUUUCCCACACUUUUAUCAAGCAGAUGAGAGGUUUGCUUCUGCCAUACGAGGUUUGCAUCCAAAUAAAGAGGAUCACGAGACUUUUGUGGAUAUUAAUCCCUUGACUGGAAUUAUCCUAAGGGCAGCGAAGAGGUUCCAAAUCAACAUUUAUGUCCAAAAGAUUGAUGACUUUAUUGAAACAGGAGACAUUAGAACCAUGGUUUUCCCAGUGAUGUUUCUCAACGAGAGUGCAACCAUUGAUAAAGAGACUGCAAGUCGACUUAAGUCUGUGAUUAACACUACUCUGAUUGUCACCAACAUACCCUACAUUAUCAUGGCACUAGGUGUGUUCUUUGGUUUGGUCUUCACCUGGCUCGCGUGCCGAGGACAGGGAUCUAUGGAUGAGGGAACAGCAGAUGAAAGAGCACCGCUCAUAAGAACUUAACUAUCUCCAGUGCUCAGUGAAGGAAUGUGUGAGCUGUCCUGCCCUGGACUGUGACAGGGGCCCCACAUCCACACAGACUCUGUAAGUGUGAAGAGGAGGGAGAAGACCCGGGGCCAGCAGGUGAUGAGAGGAAUGUUCUGGCCAAAUGGGAAAGGACAGGCUAACAUGGCCGGCCAUUAUGCUUUAUAGAAUCGUGUGGUUUCUGAAACUUUUUUCAUGUGUCUAGCAAGUAUUUAAUAAACUCUUAUGUAGUAAUUUGGGGGGGGGCCUCAGUUCUGGUGGCUGUGGAAGUUUGUAGCCACUGUUGUCAGUGUGUCACUGCAUCGCUUGUUAAUGCUCUUUGGCCUAACUUUAGUCAAUAUGCUUCGUUCACCAAGUUUUGUGCUCCCAGUACAUACGUACUACUUUAUGUUAUAGUCCUCAUCUCUCUCCCUGUGUGGAAGAAACAGUUUGGAGCCCAAGGUGAAAAGGUGACCUUAUCCAAUACAGGAUCCAAAUACAUCUGAUUUCUUCUUUAAAAAUACUACAUACUGCAUAUCAUGCUAAUCUUCAAUUCAUAAUUCCUCUGGGAAAAUAACUUGGUCUUCUGACUACUUUUAUACUGGGAAGAAAUCAAGGAGGGAAGGGACCGAGUGGGGUGGCAUCUAUGAAUGGACAAUGAGUGCUGAAGGAUUUUUAAGCUGCAUCUCUGUGAACCAAGAGAGUGUGUAAAUAAUGUUGGUGAGGAUAAGUACAUAUUUCAUAAUGAGUAGAACUAAAGGCUAGUUAUAACAUUUGUAGAUAAUUCUUAUUUAUAGUUAGUUAUUUUGAUAGAUAAGAUGCUGUGGGAAAAUAUAAUCAGCGAUUUUCCCCAGCCAGCCCUGCCAAAUAAGAUACUGUGUUAAUACAAUACUAUUGAGUGGUUAUUUGUUAAAUUAUGGCUAUUAGAAAUCCAUUCAUUCAUUAUACAAGUUAUACACACAUUUCAGGAAGUCUAGGGCAGACAGGCAUUUUCUUCUGGGAUAGUCUUCUUGGUAACUUUGAAAUUGUUUUUAUGAGUUCUUUCCUGAGAAGAAUGAAUUCGCUUGUUCGGUUUUAGGUUGAUAAUAGCCAUUUUUUCUAUUUUGUAGAUCAUUAUUUCUGAGAAAAUUGAGCCCUACAUUUCUCAUGACAAUCAUUUUACUGACAGAACGGCAAGUGUUUAAAGUAUGGCACAGAAAGUGCUUUAAAGAAAAAUCCCUUGAGAUCUAAAGCAGUGUAGCCAAAGGCAAGAGACUAGGGAACCACUGUUAACAUCACAGAGUUCAGAAUUCAGGCAGCGUUAUGGGCAUUUCCUUUGAUUCUCAAAGUUCCACAUUGAUUUCAACAGAGAAGCCUACACGGUUACCUGGUAAAGUGCUUAGAGAAUUUCCCAAUAAUUCAAUCAUUCCAAGAGAUUUAAAAACAACAUCAUCAACAAAACAACAACAAUAACAAUAACAAAACCAAAUCACAGCGGUUUUCAAUGUAAGCAAAUGAAAAAAGAAUUAUGGAUCUCCUUUACAUAGCUCCUUAUCCCUGUAUGGAGGUAAUAAGUCACUUUAAUGUACAUGCCCAGUUCUCCUAUUGCUAUACUAAAGUGAUAUGUGUGUGUGUGAUGUUUCCCUUUUUGAAGGGGCAAUGCAUUAAACUCUCAACUUUUCUUUAAAUCAAGAUGAAAACUUUCAAAUAUAUCAAAUUGCCAAAAUGUGAAAAACUGAAUUAAAAAAUACUUGGUCUUCAAUAAUUCCUAAUACCUGGACUAGGCUUUAGUAUUUAACUUGAUAGUUGGCGUAUCUUAUUCCUCAUGCUUUUACUGGUCCUCACCAAGAUAAUGGAUAAGGCAGGCAGGGGAUGUGCAUUGGCUCUGUCCUAUUUGCAGGAUGUAGUCAUCUGUGAGGAGGAGAUUUUUCAAUACUCUUAAGUCAGUGAUGGCGAACCCUUUAUAGCUUUCAGUGAUAAAGUAGCCAGGUACAAAAUGUGUGCCAUAGGUUCGCCUCCCCUGCUCUAAGUGAUACCAGUUAAUCAUGUACACAUUUAGACUGAGUCCCAUACAGGCAAGAAGACCCAAAACAUUUAUCCCAUAUUUACAUCAUUAUUUAUACUUAUAGGUGAAAACCACAUUUGGUGUUUUCCUUCUGAAAAACCUGUGGCAAACCCAUACAUUGUAGUGAGAACUACAAGUUGGUUAAGAAGAAUGAAUUCAUUUGUUUGGUUUUAGGUUGG